AUGCAGCACCAAGGGGGCAGUGGAGUGAACCAGCUGGGAGGUGUCUUCGUCAAUGGGCGCCCCCUGCCCGCCUGCAAGAGGAGGAGCAUCAUCGAGCUGGCAGCCCGCGGGCUGAGGACCUCGGACAUCUCCCGCAGCCUCAAGGUCUCCAGUGGCUGUGUCAGCAAGAUCCUGGGCCACUACUACAGGACAGGCAGGCUGGAGCCCAAGGCUGGGGGUGGCAGCAGGCCCCGCAUGGUGACCCCCGAGGUGGUGGCCAGGAUCACCCAACUGAAGCUGGAGCAGCCUUGGCUCUUUGCCUGGGAGAUCCAACAGCAGCUGCAUGCUGAGGGCAUCUGUGCCAGCAACAGGACCCCCAGCGUCUCCUCCAUCAACCGAGUGCUGCGGAGCCUACCCAGCGACCUCCAGCUGGUGCCCGAGACAGUGUCCCCUCCCAGUGCCCCUUCUGCCCCACGCUCCCCAGGAUGCCACUCACCCACCACAACUGGUGCCACCAUCUCCUUGGGCACCCAGCACCCAGCUCAGAGGUCCAGACCCAGCCAGCAGCUGCUCUUGGGCACCCAGCAGAGGACCAGGACCAUCUUCUCCAGCCAGCAAUCAGAAGCUCUGGAGCAAGGUUUGGUUCUGCUGGAGAUGCCAACCAAGCGACUGGCAUCUCCUGUGCCACGUUGUGUGGUGCCAGGCUGA